AUGCCACCAAAAAAAUCAAUUUCGGCUAAAUUAGCAUUCCAACCUCGACAACGAGUAUUUGCUAAAAUGCCAGGAUUUACUGCUUGGCCAGCAUUUGUUGUUCCUGAAGAAGAUAUACCAGAAGAUGUACUAGGAGCAAAGAAAAGAAACAAUAAAACUCCUUAUUGUGUUAUAUUUAUUCCUGAUGGAGAUUAUUAUUGGAUGUCUGAUAAAGGAUUAACGGAAUUAACCGAUGAAAAUUUGUCAAAUGCAUUAAAAGAAAUCCCACUAGAUAUCAAGAAAAAAAUGAAGAAUUUAAAGGGGAAAAUCCCUGGGAAACAAAGUAGUUAUAAACAAGCUAUAGCUGCCACUGAUGGAUUAGAUUAUGAUACAUUCAGAGAUUUCUUGAUUGAACUUAAUGGUGCUGAAGAAGAAGAAGAAGAGGAAGGGGAAGAAGAGGAAGAGCCUGAGGUCGAGCCUGAGGAAGAGCCUGAGGAACCAGAACCAGAACCAGAACUAGAACCAGAACCAGAACCAAUAAAAAAACAGAAAAUCAUUGUGCGGUCUAAAAAUAAUAAACGUGAUUAUGACGAUGAAGCAGAAGAUGGAGAUGUUGAAGAAAGUUAUGAAGAUGAAGAUUCUGUGCAACUAAAGAAACAAUCACGAAAUGGAGGUAGAAGAAGUCGAGCAUCAAGUGUUUCAACGAAAACUACAUCAACAACUGCUACUAAUGGUAGAAGAAAGAGAAGAUUGACAGAUGAUAAUAGUGACAACACCAAGGGUAUUAUUACAAACUCAAUUGAUUCAAAUAAUAUAUCAACCCCUAGUAUGAAGAAAAUUAAAAGUGAAACUAGUGAUGAUGAUAAUCAAUCCCAUACAUCAUCAAUAGCUGCUUCAGUUGCAUCUGCAUCCAAAAACAAAUCAACAAUUUCUGAUAAAGAAAAGAAUCAUCAAUUAUGGCUAUGUCGAGUGAAACUACAAAAGACUUUGAUUCAAAGAAAUCAAGCGACAACUCCUAAAGAUACUACGGGAUUAAAACCACCAACUGCUGAUGAAUUACUGACGGCAAGAUUAAUAUUACAUCGAUUACAAGAUUUCCCUAUAACUGUUGAAUUAUUAAGAAAAUCUAAAUUACAUAAAGUAUUGAGAUGUAUUAUAAAAGAUCCAACAUUGAAAUAUCCUGAAAGUUUCAAAUUACAUGAUAGAUGUCAAGAAGUGUUGGAUGUAUGGAAAGAACCUAUUGAACAAUUGAAACUUGAAAAACAAUUGGAAUAUGAAGAUAAUAAGAAUAAUCCUUCACAUCAUAGUAAUAGUCAUGGUCAUAAUUCUGAUAAUCGUAAGGCAAUUCAUAAUCAAGAUGAUUCUGAAGUUUCUGGAUUAGAACAAAGUAUUCCUGAAUUAGAAGCACAUGGUAAGAAACUGGAAGAUUUGAAACCAAAAAAAUCGGCAAGUAUCACUACAACUAUUACUACUACUACUACAACAACUGGACCACCAUCACCUCCAGCAGAAAGUUAA